AUGCAAAAUAUUGGAAACAAGCAACGUGGCAAAUUCGUUAUGCUUUUGUGUGACGUAGACAAUCCAAAUGUGAACUACGCCAUGGAUUUCCUUUCACUUAAGCGCGAAGGUCUUCCCUAUGUACGCUUAUUUGUAAAAUCGACCAAUAGUGUAUACAAAAUGGAAGACAGUUUUGAUGGUGAGAUUAACGAAGAGAGUGUGACCGCCUUCAUGAACGCUUUCGAGGAAGGAAAAUUAAAAUCCACUGUGAAAUCUCAAGAAUUGCCUGAUAAUUGGAAUGCGACAUCGUUGAAAACUCUUGUGGGAAAUAAUUUUGCUGAG